AUGGCGACCAACAAAAAGACACUGAGGGCUUUGUGUCGCGUCAACAAGGCAUUCCGAGAUGCUUUCAGUGAGUUCCUGUACGCCGAGGUCUAUCUGGGCUACAAUCACUUUGUCAAGGACGACCCUCCACAGAAAUGGCUUGUCAAGGAAUCUCCAGAAACCCGCCACAUAAAAGUCAUCCACUUCCGACCUAAGGGCUUCGAAUGGAACAGCCGUGAGAUCGAACUCGACGAUCAUGUUCGAAAUUGCAACUCCCAGCUCAGACGACUGCUGGCAAACACCCCAAAUGUCAAGAGAUUUGUCUUGGAAGACGGAGAAUUCUUCCUCUCCUCCGCAACCUUAAAGGCUCUAAACCACUGCUGCCCCAACUUGGAAGACAUCUCCUUCGAUUUGGAAGCCCACCCACAUGAGCCCGGUGCUGACAGAUACUGUCGCGACGAUGACUCUUGGCGAGACCCGGAGCCCAUCAUGCCUGUUCCCGAUGACUUGAAAUACAGCAUUGCCGACUUCAGUGUCUUCUCCGGCCUGACCGGACUUCACCUAACUGGGCUGCAGGGGCCUAUCCCAAAGUGGAUAGAAACCAUAGCCUGUAUCUUGGGUUCCUCCCCGAAGCUCACUGAUCUGAGCCUGUCUCUUUCUCGACCGACGGCGGAUAGCUUUGCUGAUUCAGACGAUCGUGAUGAGCUUUACGACUUUCUCAUGAAUCUGGGAAAUCGCUAUGGAGAUCUUGGUCACCCUCCCCUCCGCCUCAAAUCUCUCAAACUGUACUAUCCCGUCCUUCUUUGCGAAGACGAGGACGGCGGGUUUGAUUAUCUCGACAAACUGACCGACUUGAACCAUUUACAAGAAUUCCGACUCUUCAAUCAGAGUGCCGUCAUGCGAGGGCAUAGCCCACCGGAUGCCCCGGAGCUCGCAUUCUACGCCAUUGACCCGAGCACAAUGCCGAACCUCCGUCAACUCACCAUCGGGGCAUGGGAAGCAGGCAUAGGUCAUUGCUUUGAAGAGCUAGACGAAGAAUACGCAAGCCAACUCAGUCUUCGCGUGGACCCUCAAACAUUCAUCUUCGACCCAAACUACGAGGAAGGCAUCCCCGACAUGCUCGACAAUGAGAUGGUCCUGAGAGCUAAAGAGCUCAUCAUACCACAGACCUGGAUUGAAAACGGCAAGGAUGCACCUGAUAACUGGGACAUGUUCAAAGUCCUAGAGUCCUGCCACUGGAUCACCUCCAUCGGCUUCACCAUCGACACCACGGUGGCACCCUACGGCCUGAUUGACAUUCUUGCGAACAUGAAGGGCUUGGAAAAGCUUUCCAUAGAGUAUCCCAAAUUCAAAACCAACAGAGGGCACGGGGGAGACCCCCUUCAAAGAGUAAAGAAAGUGGAAUACCUCAAGCCAGAGAUCGUCGCCGCAAAGUGUAAGCACUUGACCUACAUGAGACUGCACGGCCAUGGCAUCAAGAUAUGGCGACCGUCAGCGGGCACAGCAGAAUGCGAAUAUCUUGAAGACGCAGAGGAUGCCGUCGUUGGAGCAUUCUUCCGCAAAGAGACUCGGGAAGAUAACCAUUGGAUCGCUGAAGCAAUGGACAGCGACUACUUCGAGCCGCCGCGACCGCUGUAG